UAUGUAUUUAAAAGGAACACCGAGUAACUAUUAGUGCUACAGCAACAUAAAAAGCACUUGCACAUCGGCUUUGAACGCGGUGCUUGGAAAACAUGCCUGCGCAUUGUUUGUUGUGUUGCAUCGUUGCCAAGGAAACCGGAAAAACACAAACACAACAAGUUACGUGGUCGAUCGUCGGUGUGUAUGUGCCACACUUCCUUCCGGUCUAAUUUUUAUUUCGCAACAUAAUUUCGAUGGACAAUAGGACUGCCAUUUAUAGAUUUUUUCCCAAAUAAAAAAUCAACCGGCAACAACAACAAAGUACGCUUAUUUUAUGCGUAUUAUUGAAAAUUUCCCAUUGAUUUACUAAGAGCUUAACUGAGUAUAGCAGAGGACGAAGUGAUAUUACGCAUUUGAUAUGCAACAUAUACAUUAAAGCAACUUAAAACCAACUACAUUUAAACACCGAUAUUGCCUUAAACAAACGAGUAACGGAACAAAUAGGGAAAACCAGCAACGGAUCAAGAGACAGGGAGGAAGAGAGCAAAUAGCAACACUAACUAGUCCACGAAUUUCGCAUCGAAAGUGCUAAAAAGUCGCCUUCACAUUCUCCCCAACACCACUGCACUUAUAAUCCUUAAGCAUAGAGUUUUAAGAAACUAAUUAAAACAAAUACAAAAUAGAAAUAAAGGAGUGAAGCAGCUACAAAUGACAACACGCUUGGCGCCGCAACGCCAGUUCAUCAUCUCGACGCGCUCUGCUGCCGCCGCUGCCAGCGUCGCUGCAGUAACUGCCAACGUGGAUGCCAGCCAAACGAAACAACAACAACAGCAGCAGCAACAACAGGAGCUGCAGGAAGAACAGCAACUCGCGGCCAAAAUGGCCGGAGAUGUGGUAACCAUUGAAGCGGCAACUCUAAGCCAUUCCUCGAGUUCGUCCAUGGAGGAAGAGUUUCAAUUCUGCUCAGACGAUAAUGUGGUUGUGACCGCCACCAGCUCGCUGGAAGAUGUCAUGACGCAGAAUUGCCAGCUCCUGCAAAAGAAACUGAAUAAUGCCGUUGCUGCUGCCGUGGCUGCCAACAACAAUGCGUCAACAACAGAGACGGGCGAACAGUUGGAGGUCAUACGGGUUGUCCUGCCCAUGGAUGCCUCAGAUUCGAGCAACGAUGGCCAUACACACAUCCAUGGCAACAGCAUUGUCAGCAGUGCGGCGGCAGCAGCAGGAAUAACAACAAAACCAACAACUGGCACGGCUAUACACGCCAUGUCGGGUCUAAGUGCAAUUAAGGAUACCGUUGAUCUGGCGCAACAAGUGGCCAAUGGACAGGUGACUGUGGUGCAGGCUGCCGACGACGAAGACGGCACACCGCAGUUCAUAACAGUAACAGUUUCAGCGCAGGAUGCGGGACAGAAUUAUCAAGUGCAAUAUGUGGAUACGGACAUUUAUCACAGCAACUCCAGUCAAACGCAAAUAACGUAUCCAUUCUGUCCUGUGGGUGAUUACCAGACCAAUGGCCAGACAUAUUAUUCGACCACAGCGACGAGCAACUAUGCGACGGCAGCUGCGGGAACCCCCAACACACCCAACGCCCAUGCCAGCACCCUGCCCUACCUGGUGCCCGUCGAGGAGAGUCUGCUGCUGAAUGGCUCCUCGCAGUCCCACAGUCGUGACUCGCCACAUAGUCUGACGCAUGAGGUUGCAUAUAUCCAGGAGGCGCAGAGUACACCCCAAACCCCCACCUCGACCACGACGACGAACUCGGUUAGCGGUGGCAGCAUCGGGACUGGUGGUGGCGGUGCGUCGCCCGACAGUGAGCAGAGCGCGCUGGGCAACACGAACAAGAUUGCCUCGGCAACGAUCAAGUGGUUGUCCCGAAAUUACGAAACAGCCGACGGGGUCAGUUUGCCGCGUUCGACGCUAUACAACCACUACAUGCAGCAUUGCAACGACCAGAAGCUGGAGCCCGUGAAUGCAGCCAGUUUUGGAAAGUUAAUACGUUCGGUGUUCUCGGGACUGCGCACACGUCGGUUGGGCACACGCGGCAAUUCCAAAUACCACUACUAUGGCAUACGCAUUAAGCCCGGCUCGCUGCUAAAUCAUCAGGCCAUGGAGGACAAGUCAUCGCCGUCGUCAUCCUCGUCGUUGCACGGCGGCUACCAGACUCAGGUGCAGAGCGGACAGGGUCCCAAUGGUUCCAUCUCUGGCCAUGCCAGUGUCUCGUCCAGCACCACCGGACCAUCGUUGGCCAACGGGGUUGGAAGCCAAGUGCAGCGCACCCCCGCCAAGAAGCACAGUUUUAAGCCCGAAACCUAUGAGACUUGCAUACAGUACAUUGGCGACGGCGCGAGCGCAUUGCCAACAUUUCCGACCAUCGAGCUGAGCCACAACUUCAACAGCGAACUGACUCGCGAUGAUGUGGACACAUUCCGCGGACUAUACCGUGAGCAUUGUGAAUCCUUUCUAGAUGCCGUGCUCAAUCUCGAGUUCAACACGGUCGAGUAUUUGCUGCGUGACUUCUGGCGCAGCUCCGACAACAAUAAUCUCGAUGAAUGCGAGGAGGAGAAGUACUUGAGCAAGUCAAAGCUGUAUCUGUUGUGCCACUGCGCAGAAGUGCAAAAGUUUGUACGCGAGGUGGACUAUCAAUUUUAUCAGAACACCGUUGACGUCAUCAUUCCCGAUGUUCUGCGCUCCAUACCCAAUGCUCUGACCCAGGCCAUACGCAACUUUGCCAAGAAUCUGGAAUUGUGGCUCUGCGAGACCAUGGUGGGGGUGCCGGAGCAGCUGGCGCAGAUCAAGACCAGUGCGGUGUCCGCCUUCUGUCAGACACUCCGUCGCUACACAUCCCUCAAUCACUUGGCGCAAGCAGCGCGAGCGGUUCUCCAAAAUGGCGCCCAAAUAACGCAGAUGUUGAGCGACUUAAAUCGCGUAGACUUUCACAAUGUACAGGAGCAAGCCGCCUGGGUGAGUCAAUGUGCGCCGUCUGUAGUGCAGCGACUGGAGAAUGACUUUAAGGCGGCACUCCAGCAACAGAACUCAUUGGAGCAAUGGGCCUCGUGGCUGCAGCUGGUGGUGGAGAGCGCUCUGGAGGAGUACACGGGCAAGCCAAGUUAUGCGCAUGCGGCGCGACAAUUUCUGCUCAAAUGGAGCUUCUACAGCUCCAUGAUAAUACGCGACUUGACUCUGCGGUCGGCUUCCAGUUUCGGCAGCUUUCAUCUGAUACGUCUGCUCUUCGAUGAGUACAUGUUCUAUCUGGUAGAGCACAAGAUUGCCGAGGCCCAGCAGAAGACAGCCAUAGCGGUGAUUUGUGAGCGAAUGAAGAAAGAGAUGGACUUUGAGUUUGAGUGCCAGUUCGCCUACAUAACGAGCGAUGGUGAGCAAGUGGCCACCAGUGCGGCAACCGGCGCCAAUGGAGGCACCACCAACAGCGGCAGCAAUCAAAAUUCGACAUCCGUGGGCAAUGAGGCCAAACGCUUGAAACAGGAAUGAGUAAAGAGACAUCCAUCGCAACACGCUGAUGACGAUGAUGAUGCAGAAGAGCUGAUGAUGCAUUUCAUCGAGUUGCUGCGCCGUCUGCGGCAGUCUAGUUUUUAAUGCUGAGUUGUAUCCUAAGUAUUUGUAGUGUUUAUGUAACUUUUAAUCAUUAACGCCCCUAAUUGUUAAAUGCACCAAAUGCACAGAAACACAAAUGCGCUCAAAAUGACACAACUAACCGCUCAACCACACAACCACUCAGCCACUCACACAAAACACACCCUUUGGCUAUGCAUUUAACUGUUAGAACGUGUACAAGUAUUUAAUGUAUCUUUGUGUGUUAGCCCUAAGUUUCCAGCUCUAUCACCAACUAUCACUCAUCAUAGUCGGUUAGUUUUAGGCAUACAUACAUACAUAUGAUACAUACAUAAUUAAUGUAAUAAUUUGUAUAAUUGCCCCCGCGUAAAAGUGAACAGCCGUCCAGCAGCAAAAGAGACCGAGAAAUGCACGAGUCAGGCUCGUGCAGCACCGGCUUUGUGUGUUGCAUUCAUAAGAUACGUUUUAGUUUAAGUGCAUUAGUAUUGUUAACCCCCUCUCUACCUUGUACUCCUUGUGUUUGGUGGGAAGGAAGGAAUGUCGAACAGUUUUGUCCGGUUUCACUCGAACGCCUAGUUCAAAUAUAAAACAAACAAUGUGUACGAAAACAUUAUGAAUUAAACAAAUAAACUUGUAUAAGACAUGCAGGACACUUCGAAAUACUCUAAUGUCACUGACACAUACACACUUUUCUCUCGCUGCACUUUCGAUGCGAAAUUAUAUAUACUUGUAAUACUUAUGUAGGUUAAGCCAGUUGAAGCUCACGUCUAAGGAGAUUGCUCAGAAACACUAAACUAAAACCACAAACACAAACUAAAACUAAGUAAACUAACAGGCCUUACAUGUGCAAAGAUCAACGCUCAAUUUUUCUAGAGAGGAAUAUUUUAACAGAGGCACUAAACGAAUGUAUUUUAUGCCAUUUUAGCUACUUAAUCGAACAGAAUAACUUUUGUAAGUCAUUCAGCUAGCGUAAGCGUAUUAAACAGGUGAACAAAAAAGUCGCAAAUAUAUAUCUAGUCUUAAAAAGUAACAUCCAAACAUAAGUACGAGUACAUACAAACUAUGUACAUCAAUUACUUUAAAGAAUCGCACGUCUAUAUAUCAAGCUCAAAAUAAACUUUGUAUGUCGUUAAAA